GGGGCGUGUCCCGGCUUCCAGAGAGUUCGGAGACGGGAGGCAGAGCGGCGGGCGGCGGCGCGCAUCGCAGCGAGGAAGAUGGUGAAGGAAACCGGGUACUACGACCUGCUGGGCGUCAGGCCGGGGGCCACCCUGGACGAGAUCAAGCGGGCGUAUCGGCGCCUGGCGCUCCGGUACCACCCCGACAAGAACCCCAGCGAGGGCGAGCGGUUCAAGCAGAUCUCCCAAGCCUACGAGGUGCUGUCGGACUCGCACAAGCGGGCGCUGUAUGACCGCGGCGGGGAGCGGGCCAUGAAGGAAGGCGGCCUGGGGAGCCGAGGAGGCGGCGGCGGCUUCGGCUCGCCCAUGGACAUCUUCGACCUCUUCUUCGGCGGCGGAGUGCGGAUGCGCGGCCGAGGCGACAGGCGAGGGAAGACCGUGGUGCACCAGCUGUCCGUGUCGCUGGAGGACCUCUACAACGGCACCACGCGGAAGCUCUCCUUGCAGAAGAACAUCAUCUGCAGGAAGUGCGGAGGCUGCGGGGUCCGGGAGGGUGCUCAGAGGAGGUGUCCCAAGUGCCACGGCUCGGGCAUGGAAGUCCGCAUCCACCAGCUGGGGCCCGGCAUGAUCCAGCAGAUCCAGACGGUGUGCUCCCAGUGCCAGGGCCAGGGCGAGUGGAUCCGGCCCCGGGACUGCUGCCUCACCUGCAACGGCCGCAAGGUCGUCCGAGAGAAGAAGAUCCUCAGCGUCCACCUGGACAAAGGCAUGAAGGACGGGCAGAAGAUCACGUUCCACGAGGAAGGGGACCAAGUGCCCGGCCUGGAGCCCGGAGACAUCAUCAUCGUCUUGGACCAGAAGGAGCACCCUGUUUUCCGGCGCAGCGGCGACGACCUCAUCGUCAAGAGGGAGAUCAGCUUGGCGGACGCCCUGUGCGGCUGCCGGCAGGUCAUCCGCACCCUGGACAACAGGACGCUGCUCAUCGCCUCGCAGCCAGGUGACGUCAUCCGGCCUGGGGACCUGAAGUGCGUCCCCAACGAGGGCAUGCCCGUCUACAGGAGCCCCUUCCAAAAGGGCAAACUCAUCCUGCAGUUCCAGGUGAAGUUCCCCGAGCCCGGCUGGCUCCCCACCGAGCGGCUCCGCCAGCUCCAGGCCUUCUUCCCACCGCAGGAGGAGGUGAUGGCCACGGAGGACACGGAGGAGGUAGAGCUCAGCGACUACACCUCCCACAGCGGCUCGGGCCGGCGGCCCUACGCUGGCGAAGCGUACCACGAAGACGACUUUGAGGACGGCACGCGCCAGCACGUCCAGUGCCAGACCUCGUAGCCGGGGGCCCGCAGCCCCCGUGGGUGGCAGCCAGGCUUCUCCUGCAGAGGGGCAGGGCAGCGGGGCAGCUCAGCGGGGCAGGCGGCUCAGAGAGCCUCCAAGUUCAGGGAUGUACAUAGGUCACCUUUCUGAGGGCGCUUAGCCUCCCUCGAGCCCCCGAGGAGCCGGGGACUGCGCUGCCUCCAGGUUUGGGGUGUCCUCUGCCCCCGGAGGGGUCCCGCUCCGGGGCAGGGGGGGUGCAGGCAGGGCUUGGUGGGGUGACGCAGCUUGCAUAGACGGGUCCGGUCGCAGUUAGCAAAGCGGUGGCUGAUUCCUGCCUGCCCGUGCUGGAAGAGGGGCUCAGCACCGCUCACUGCCAGGCCCUGGGGGUGUCCGCACCUUUCCCCCCGGCUCCGGCCCCAAGCCUUUCCUGGGAAAGGUGCGGUUGUGCCCCCAGCCGCACUGCGCUAUGCGUUCCCACGCAGGUGGGUGCCAUUUCCAUGGGGGGUGGGACGGGACGGGGACAGGGCCCCUCUUACCUGCUCUUGCAUGGGGGAAAUUCCCACGUGGGCUGCGGUUGGCGAUGUGAGGCUCCGGCGGGCCGUGCUGGCGUGGGCAGGAGGGAGCUGGCGGCGCAGUGCUGAGCUCGAGCAAGGCUCCGCUUCCCUCUCCGGACACAGCCAUCUUCCCCUGCUCCGCAGUGCCCGAAACGCCAGCCCUGCCCGUGGGCUGGGAGCCGCGUGAGCGGAGGCGGCGGGUUAGCAGCCGGGUCCAGCCCGGGCUGGGCGCGCGUCACGCUGGGACUGAUGCCAAAGCCAGGCCUCGCCGCGUGCCUCGGUUUCCCCAUCAGCGAGCACCGCGGCCGGGGGAGCGAAGCCCCUUCGCCUCUGCGCGGGAAGCAGCCGAGCAGAGCUGCAGAGCGUUGCGCCGCGCUGCUGCCUUGAUGCGGGGAAGGCAGAGCCGUACGGCCGCCGUGGCACGGCACAGCUCUCCUGGGCACAGCUCCAGGCGCCUCGGCCCGGGAACCGCGCUGCUCCGGCGGCUGUUUCUCACCUCCUGUGUGGGCAGCCGUGGUGGACCCGGCUGCCCCGGCGGUGCCCAGAAGCGGGGAUGGAGGGGCUGGCGCAGAGCGGGCAUUCGCAGUGGCCGCACCACGGCCUCACGUGGGCAUCGCUGCCUGGAAAACGAAGCUAGUUUGGGACAUCAGAGACUUGCCGUCCGUCUCUGCCCUCCCCUUCGGCACCGGCGCAAGGGCUGGGGGGGAAAACCCCGUGCUGUCGGCACACACGUCCCCGGCUCCGGCUGGCACUCCUCCGCCUGCGGAUACAGAGUACGGACCUGACUCCCACCCCGGGGCUUGGCACGGCUGGCGCUGGCCCUAUUUAACUUGCUUUAUCCGUUUUCUUUCCUUGCUGAAGCCUAGGUUAGGCCCUGGGGAGCGGAGGGGAACUUCCUUUUCUCUUUGCACAGAACAGAAGGGGGUGGGGGGAAAACCCAUCCCUAUAAUUUAUUUUUGGAAGAAUUUUAAAACUUUUUUUUUUCUUUUUUUUGGGGGGAAACUUUGUAUGUGGCAUUAAAAGCAAUCCCAAGUCCGA